UUUUUUUGGCCUCGCCGCCCCGCGUCCAGCUCGCCCAGUGUCCGCCGCGCCUCGGCCAAGGCUUCAACAGACCACACCAAAAUGCCGUCUCAAAUGGAGCACGCCAUGGAAACCAUGAUGUUUACAUUUCACAAAUUCGCGGGGGAUAAAGGCUACUUAACAAAGGAGGACCUGAGAGUACUCAUGGAAAAGGAGUUCCCUGGAUUUUUGGAAAAUCAAAAAGACCCUCUGGCCGUGGACAAAAUAAUGAAGGACCUGGACCAGUGCAGAGAUGGCAAAGUGGGCUUCCAGAGCUUCUUUUCCCUAAUUGCGGGCCUCACCAUUGCAUGCAAUGACUAUUUUGUAGUACACAUGAAGCAGAAGGGAAAGAAGUAGGCAGAAACGAGCAAUUCCCUCCUCCCUGAUAAGAGUUGUCCCAAAGGGUCACUUGAGGAAUCUGCCCCACAGCUUCCCCCAUAGAAGGAUUUCAUGAGCAGAUCAGGACCCUUAGCAAAUGUAAAAAUAAAAUCUAACUCCCAUUUGACAAGCUGAGAAAGGAAAGUUAAAUACCAGAUAAGCUUUUGAUUUUUGUAUUGUUUGCAUCCCCUUGCCCUCAAUAAAUAAAGUUCUUUUUUAGUUCC